AUGACUGCUGAGGAGUCGAAAUCGACAUAUUCCGGCACGUCGGAAUGUGGAGGUCAUCCGCCCUCUAGCAUCACAGAGGACAUAUAUCCCGUGCAUACUCUGGACGACACUAAAACAUUUCGUAUGUUCAUUAAUUGGACAAUGUGCUUUAACGAUGUUCUUGACCCCGAAAAAUUACACAAUUCUUUGUCGAGACUACUCAACAUUGGGGACUGGAGAAAGCUUGGGGGCCGGCUUAGGGUCAAGGAUAACGGAAAGCUGGAGGUCUAUGUCCCACGUCCGUUUACAGCUGAACAGCAAGCCGUGAUAUUCACUCAUGCUGCCUUUGGUAUGAGAAUAGAGGAGCACCCGGUGGCCUGCCGUUUUCCUAGGCCAACCGAUCGCCCGUAUAUUCAACAUGUUUCUCAGGAGUUCCUGCCCUUCAUGGCACGGCGGAACUUUCCAGCUACGAUUGAAGAAAUGAUACGGCAGAAUUUACCUCAAAUAUCACUGCACAUUACUUCAUUCAGUGAUGUAACCCUUGUUGCUCUUACUUGGCCUCACAUCAUGAUGGACGCUAUAGGCCAACAGGCCUUACUGCAUGGAUGGUCGUUGGUGCUAGCUGGCGAGGACGAAAAGGUCCCACCAUUUCUGGGCGCGCGAGAAGACAUCCUCUGGGAGGCAGAAAGCUCAAUCAACUAUGGAGGGCAGGGAGAGUCUGUGCUCGAACGGAAACGUCUGACGGGGUUGAGUAAGCUCAUGUUCAUAUUCCGAUUUUUGUGGGACAAAUUCUGGAAUCCUCCCAGGGAAUAUCGGUUAGUAUUUCUUCCCAGAAAUGCCUUUGAACGACUGCAAAGGCGGAUCCAAGGGGAAGUCGCCGAAACCGCUCAAAGCGGUGGUCAGAUUCCUUUUGUCAGCGAAGGUGACAUUCUCACAGCAUGGGUCACUCACGUGGUGGCAUCAUCUGAGCCAAAGCUACGUCCGAUAACUGUAGCGGUCAUCUCUAACGCCCGGUUCCGGCUUCCGCUAUUGAUAAAAUCAGGAGGCGUAUACGUCCAGAAUAUGUUAUAUCCGAUCUUCGCAUUUUUAUCCUCUCAUCUCGCUAGAGGACCUGCUGGACCGAUUGCUCUCAGCCAUCGACGUCAACUCGCUGAACAGAUGACUGAGCAACAGACACUUCAUUUGUUGAAGACCAUGCGCCGGGAUAUCGAGUCUCGUGGAAAUCCGAGACUCGAAUUUGGAGAGUCAAACGCUUCCAUUAUUGUAUUCAAUAACUUGACCAAGGCCGAAAUAAUCAAAGCUGCCAACUUUGGCCCAGCAGUUUUACGCCAAGGCGAGGCAACAAAUUUUAGGAGCAACCUUCCAGGGACUAUGGAGACAUUCUUUGCCCGAGACAUCAAUAUGGCUGUGCCUGCGAGGUAA